UUUUUGUUGCCAGUUUGAUUAUUAUUACUUAUAAUGUAUUUUUUUUUUUUCAGAUGCUUGGACACCUCUAAAAGAAAUACUGAAAAUGAUGUAGUCUUGUAAAUCAUUGUUCAUUACACUUGAGUUCAUGCUCACACAACCAAGAAUAUUUUUCAUCCAUUCACACCAACAAAGAUUAAAGCAGGAAUGCCGACUCUUCCGGCUUCUGCUGUAGGGGGUCUAUACUCCAGAAGACGUCAGCAAGUCAGACGUGACCAUGACAAGAAUAUCAUGUCCGGGGUGGUCAGCAUUAUUGUAAUUGUUGUAGUGUGUGCCUGCCUAAGCCAACCUCAGUGGUUCUGGUUGGAUGGAGGAGGUUGUACCACACAUACUAUUGGCCUAUAUAUGUUUUUCCACCCGGGAGAGUUCCAAGCAACAGAAGGAACAACUUACAGCUCUUCAACUUCCCACCUAAUAUAUUAUGCAAAUGGCCACAAGCUGAAAUUUUGUGUGACUCCAGAAAUUGUAACCUUGAUGAGAGUUGUCAUUGGUCUUAUCUUUGUGAUGAUUUGUGCAUCAUUAAUUCAAAUGAUGCUUGAUAUAACUGGCCCAACAGGCAGAAUUCUGAAGUGCGUCAGAAAAAAUGCAGUGGCUGGGAUCAUAUCAGUUUUGGUGUGUGUAGUGUGUGUUGGUGUAUGCUACUACAUUACUACCUUGAUAGAAACACAACAAGAGGCCACAAAGCCAGUGACUGGGCCAGCAGCAUCUGCCAGAGUGCAGAUUAAACUAGAUGUUGGGUUUUACCUUCUCAUAUUUGCAGGUGGUAUGUCUGUGAUGCUGUGGGAUGCAGCUGGUUACGACCAGCACACAUUUUUCAGGAUGGAGACGCAGCUCCCUUAGUAGAAGAGUGGGGUGGCCUGGAGGGCAUGGAGACCUUCUCUGUUCCUCCAGGUAGUUCCCUAGGACCAUACAUGCCCUACCUACAUGAUAUGGAACCUCCCCCACCAGUUGAAGGGCACCCUCCUCCUCCAUAUACUCCAUAAUUUUA